AUGGAUUUUCUUCGUUCUUCUGCCGUACUACGUCGAUGUCUUGAACUUCGCUUUGCUUCUCAUCCGCUCCACGGCUCUCCAUUGCAGAGUGCCGCCACCAUGUCGAUCUUCAACAGUCGCAAUUGUUUGUCAGUCGCACCCUUCUCCAAUUUGCCCGCCAUCUACACUCUUCCAGCAAUCUCGCGGGCUUCUGCGUCUGUUGCUGGCUCCAUCUUCGCGUCUGUCAAGUCCGCUACAUACGACGUCAUCAGCCGCGAUGAGCGUUGCCUCAUCACCAAGUCCAUUUCCUAUACCCAUGAACGUGCUCAUUGGGUAAAUGCUGCUCGAAGUGAUGCCGACCGAAAAGAGGAAGUCGAAGAGUUCCUUGUCAACUUGGAUAUCGUUGACGCCGCCUUCAAUUUGGAUGACGCAAGUAACCUCUCUAAUCUUGAUCGCGCUGUCCAUAAAAGCCUAGACUCAUAUGCUUAA